CCUGCCCAUCGCACCAACAGCUCCCCGUAGACAACAGGAGUGGUCGACAUCUCUCCACAUGUGGCGAGUGUAUCCUUACCUAGUACUCCCGGUCAGGGCAGUAACCUCCGACCGCCGGUACGGGUAGCGAUAGAAGAUCAUCCAGCAUGACCUGCAGCACUGCUCACCUCUACAUGACAUACGCAUACAACUAGUAUUAUCCGCACUCGGAAAGUGCACCAAAUCACCACACCAGCAAUAUGUAUGUACGUCUACAAAAGUCGACAUAUCACACCACAGCCCCCCGAAUUCGCACCAACCCGCCAACUCCGCACGUGCCUCCCCUAGACAAAAAAGAAGCACCCAUGACGGCCAACGUGCUUUCGGCGGAUGUCGUUCCUGCACAGUGGCAAUAGACCCGGGAGAAUUGACGUCAAAAAACCGGGUCCAGAAUGUUUGUGCGCGAUAUUUUUUGGGCUGUGUAUUGUCCAAGCGCAGACCGAAGACGGAGAGGGAGGGUUGAGGGUUGAGGGUUGAGGUUCUGCUUGGCCGAAGGGGAAGGAUCGUCGUUGGGGUCGGUGGUGAGUGCACGGUUUGUAUCUACUCCACUUGAUUGCAAGUGGGAGCCCCCGGCUGACGUCAAGGGUUUCUUUUCUUGAGGAUUUACAAAGAGAGUGAGAAUUUGGGUUAAGUCUGGACUAUGUUUGUUGCUUUGUUAAUGGGAAAUUGAGGCUAGAUUUGUUAUUUGCAGUAUUCUUCGAUAUGAUCGGGUCGUAUCGUAUGGUUUGAGUUCAAUGGUCCUGGG